GGCUGGCCGGGGAGGCGGGGCGUCGGAGGGUCCGCGCGCCAGCCCAGCCGUGCGUGCUCACGUGACAGGUCCGCGAAGCCCAGCUCGCGCAAUCGUCAGGGCGAGCGAAGAUGGCGGCCGAGAGGGAGCCUCCUCCGCUGGGGGACGGGAAGCCCACCGACUUUGAGGAGCUGGAGGACGGAGAGGACCUAUUCACCAGCACUGUCUCCACCCUAGAGUCAAGUCCAUCAUCUCCAGAACCGUCUAGUCAUCCUGCAGAAGAUAUUAGUGCAAACUCCAAUGGCCCAAAACCUGCAGAAGUUGUACUGGAUGAUGACAGAGAAGAUCUUUUUGCAGAAGCUACAGAGGAAGUUUCUUUGGACAGCCCAGAAAGGGAACCUAUCCUUUCCUCAGAACCUUCUCCUGCAAUCACGCCUGUCACCCCUACUGCACUCAUUGCUCCUAGAAUUGAAUCGAAGAGUAUGUCUGCUCCUGUGAUCUUUGAUAGAUCUAGGGAAGAGAUUGAAGAAGAAGCAAAUGGAGAUAUUUUUGAUAUAGAAAUUGGUGUAUCUGAUCCAGAGAAAGUUGGUGAUGGCAUGAAUGCUUACAUGGCAUAUAGAGUAACAACAAAGACUUCUCUUUCCAUGUUCAGUAAGAGUGAAUUUUCAGUGAAAAGAAGAUUCAGUGACUUUCUUGGUUUGCACAGCAAAUUAGCAAGCAAGUAUUUACAUGUCGGUUAUAUUGUGCCACCAGCUCCAGAAAAGAGUAUAGUAGGUAAGCACAAGAGCAAUUUUACUCUUAAAUCUAGGUAUCUUCAAAGAACAGUAAAACAUCCAAUUUUACUGCAGGAUCCUGAUUUAAGACAGUUCUUGGAAAGCUCAGAGCUGCCUAGAGCAGUUAAUACACAGGCUCUGAGUGGAGCAGGAAUAUUGAGGAUGGUGAACAAGGCUGCCGACGCUGUCAACAAAAUGACAAUCAAGAUGAAUGAAUCGGAUGCUUGGUUUGAAGAAAAGCAGCAGCAAUUUGAGAAUCUGGAUCAGCAACUUAGGAAACUUCACGCCAGUGUUGAAGCCUUGGUCUGUCAUAGAAAAGAACUUUCAGCCAACACAGCUGCCUUUGCUAAAAGUGCUGCCAUGUUAGGUAAUUCUGAGGAUCAUACUGCUUUAUCUAGAGCUUUGUCUCAGCUUGCAGAAGUUGAGGAGAAGAUAGACCAGUUACAUCAAGAGCAAGCUUUUGCUGACUUUUAUAUGUUUUCAGAACUACUUAGUGACUACAUUCGUCUUAUUGCCGCAGUGAAAGGUGUGUUUGACCAUCGAAUGAAGUGCUGGCAGAAGUGGGAAGAUGCUCAAAUUACUUUGCUCAAAAAACGUGAAACUGAGGCAAAAAUGACGGUUGCUAACAAACCAGAUAAAAUACAGCAAGCUAAAAAUGAAAUAAGAGAGUGGGAGGCAAAAGUGCAACAAGGAGAAAGAGAUUUUGAACAGAUCUCUAAAACAAUUCGAAAAGAAGUGGGAAGAUUUGAGAAAGAAAGAGUGAAGGAUUUUAAAACUGUUAUCAUCAAGUACUUAGAAUCAUUAGUACAAACACAACAACAGCUGAUAAAAUACUGGGAAGCAUUCCUACCUGAAGCCAAAGCCAUUGCCUAGCAAUAAGAUUAUUCCUCUUAAGAAGACCUUGGAUGUUUGUUCCAGUUAUGCUGAAUUCCACAGUGAAAUCAUUUAAAACCAUCUAAAUAAACCACUAUAUAUUUUAUGAAUUACAUGUGGUUUUAUAUAUACAUAGACACACACACACACACACACACACACACUCUGACAUUUUAUUACAAGCUGCAUGUCCUGACCCUCUUUGAAUUAAGUGGACUGUGGCAUGACAUUCUGCAAUACUUUGCUGAAUUGAACACUAUUGUGUCUUAAAUACUUGCACUAAAAAGUGCACUGCAAGGCCAGAAAAUUUGACAAUAUUUUUUUCUUUACAAUAUGUUCUGUAGUAUGUUUACCCUCUUUAUGAAGUGAAUUAUCAAUGCAUUGAUUAAUGUUCACUUAUACAUUCCUGUACAGAAAUUAUGAUUUUGUGAUUACAGUAAUAAAAUGAUAUUCCUUGUGAA